CGAAAAACUUUACUCACAGUCAAAAUGCAUAAUAUUUACGGUUAGUGUGCAAACAACUUUCAUUUCCUACCUCGUGCAGCAAUAGUAACACUUCUUUUUUAUUUAUUUUGGUUUAUCGAAACUCAAAAAUGCUUCGCUUGAUAAGAACACUUCAAGUGGAAUACAUACAUCUAUAUAUGUAUAUAUAUGUAAUCAAAAGAAAUGAUAAUGAAAUGUUAACGAUGAAUGGAAGGGAAAUUGAAUUCUCCUCAAAACAGUUAUUGUUUUGUUAGUUAAUCAAAGCACUACAUGUCUUAUUUAAUAUGUGUCGGGACUUCAAUCAAUUAAUAAAAAAAAAAAAAAAAAAAAUUUUAAUCCCAUGAAAAGUGAUAACAUUGGCUAAAAGUGAAUAAGACAAAGAUUAUUUUACUCUAUAACGAAAAGAACAACAUGUGGGAUAAUCUUGCAUAAGAUAUUGUUAAUAAAGAGAUCAAAGUGCUUGACAGUAAAAUAAAAUCUAUAAAUAAUGAAUAAAAAGCAAAAGUGAGGGUAGAUGGGAUAGAGGCUAAAAACGCCUUCAAAAAAUUAAUUAAAAAAGAAAAAAAAAAAAAGAAAUGAAAAGAAAAGGAAAAGAACAUAACACAAGAUUUUGAAUCAACGAACAAUUAUUAAAUCAUUUAUCUUGACAUAUUGUAGUUAAAAUGCAUUACGAUCUGUAUUUGCAAAACAUUUGGAAAUUUUGUCCUCCUCCCAUCCAUCUCCAGGCAAAAAUCAUUUUAUUUUUGAUUUUCGUUUUAUUAAAUUGUUAUGAAUCGCAAACACUUCAAGCCGUAGAGAAAGUCGGAGAAAAUACGGAAAGAGUUGACGUACAAAUUGAAGCGACAGCAAAUAGCAUCAAAUUUUCCUUAGUUGAUACUCAAAGCUAUGAAUUUGUAAAUAUAACUUGCAAGAACAUCAUUAACAAUAGUGUAACACAAGCCGAUGACGAGCACGUUUGUAAUAAGUUGAAACCCUGCUGUACUUAUCUCGCUUUGUUAAGUAUUAAAAUUCUUCAUAAGGAUGAAGAUGUUAUCGAAGAGCAGACCGAAGAAGUUAGAACUAAGUAUUUAGUACCCGAAGUUACAAUACUUUCCGCUGAACCCUAUGCUGAAUCUAUAAUUCUCUAUUGGUAUUCAAAAAAUCCAACUUGUAUAUCGACUUAUGAAAUAGAGGCUAAAUCGCAAGAGAAGGAUUUUCAAUGGACUUUAACUAAUGAUAAAACCUUCUUACUAAUGACUAAUUUACUUCCGUGCUCGCAAUAUAAUAUACAAUUGAAAACAUUUGAUAUAGGGAAAGUCGCAAUUGGCAAUGAGAAACUCAAUAGUUCAACUCGUUAUCUUGCACCCGGUUCGAUUAUACUGAAUUUCAUGGCAUUUGAUAAUGGGCAAAUUAAGGCAUUUUGGAAGCCUCCCUCACAUUGGACUUGCAUUGAAUAUUAUUAUCUAAAGUGGUCCUUACAAACAUGUCCGCAAACUGCUGCUAAGACUGACGAUAUUGUGGUCUUUACUGAAACUACCAUUCCUCCGAGUGAACAGUGUGAGUGGUCUUUUAAUUUGACUGACAUAACUGCGAACGAGUAUGUCCUAACAAAUCUACAAGGUUGUGAGAAUUAUACCCUUGAAGUGUUUAUUAAUAACGAUAGAGACCUAAUAGGUGCCUCAUCUUUCAUCUCCGACGAGCAAGUUCCAGGACCAGUUAUUAUAAAAUAUAUAUCGCCUGGGGAAACAGCAGCAAUUGUUGCAUGGCAAAACGCAACAACGCAUCAUAACUGUGUAGAACUAUAUCAAGUAGAAAUUGUGGGACCAGCACAACGUUCCGACGAUCUUCAAGAAAGAUUUAAGUUAACCACUAAUCAGACUGAAGCGGUCUUUGAACGAUUGGAUCCAUGUGGAAAAUAUAAUGUUUCUAUUGUACCACAAACCAAAAACGGUACCAAAGGCUAUCCAGUAGACACUCAAUUUACAACACUCGAAGGAAGACCAAGUGAGAUACUUAGUCCCUUCGCCGCGGCCGAACCACAUAGACUCUUACUCUCAUGGAUGGCUCCAGCGUAUGCAGAUCUGUGCCUAACCGGCUAUCGUCUGUCUGGUUGGAACGAUGAAAAAAAACCUGUACCUGCAUUCGAUAAAACAACAGAGAACACCAGCGUUACAAUUGACGGUUUAAACUCGUGCCAGGGUUUCACUGUGCAAAUAAUACCGACUACGAAAACGUCUGAUGGCGAUCUGACGCAUGUCGAAGCUAGAACAACUCCGAUAAGAGCUCAGCCGCCUACCGUUGAGACUACGAGCGUAUACCCGAACCGUUUAGAAUUUAGUGCUCAAGAAUCCGAUUUGAAUAAUAAAUGUGAAACAAUAUUCGCACGUUUCGUUUGCGAAGCGCGCCACGAGGCACGACAUAAGUUUGCUGAGAUCUACGUUGAGGGCCGAAUGGGAAUCAUUUACAAUACGGCAGUGGGUCCUUUAUCCCCUUUUAUAGACUAUAUAUGCAGUGUGAGUCUUUUCAAUGUCGCCGGAUGGUCACAUAAUAAAACUGUGAUCAAGCGCACAGAACCUUAUUAUCCAGAUCCACCUGAAAAAUUGAGUUUAAAAACACACAGCAAUCAUUCGUUAGGAUUUAGUUGGAAUCAACCCAAAUAUGCCAACGGUAAUAUCAAGUUGUAUGUAUCACAUUUUCAACGAGUUGAAGCAGCUUUCUACAUACCCGCUGAGAACUGUAAACAGAUUACAACUGAAUCGAUUACCAGAGAAACAUCAGGUUUAGAGCAAAUUUUUGAUGAAUUGACGCCAUAUACAAGAUACAGCAUUCAGGUAGCUGCUCAAAACGAAUUUGGCAUUGGUGAAUAUACGAGACCCUAUACGAUGGUUACCAAGCCUGGGGUUUCAGAUCCUGUAAUCGGUUUGAAAGCAAAACCUGAAGGGCCAUUGGAAUGGGAUGCGGAAUAUCAUGCAAAUGCUUUAAUAGCUUGGAACAUGUCCUGCAAAUCAAAUGGAGAAGUUGAACAUUUUCUAUUAGAGUUUAUAGGAGAAAGGCCCGGAUAUGAUUUUUUAGGCUUCACGCGAAAGGUGAAACCUGAUUUUAGCAAAAAAGGUAGUUUUUUGCACAACGAAACAAAUUUGGCGCCUCAAUAUACCUACACUGUAAGGGUGUCAGUUAAAAUUAAAUCGGUUGACGAAUUCAGUGAGCCAGUUAACCAUACCUUCGAAGCACCAGCAGGAAUACCGCAACGUUUGAAUGCCGAGACAGUUGGAAAAUCUCGUAUUGAAGCUGUUUCCGGUAAUCAUCCAGCAAAAAGUGUGGCUGUACGACUUCCAACCGAUAUUUUAAAUGACGAUCUUGGAACAAUUAUCUACGUGGCUUUGCUUCUGUCGCAGAAAGACUGUGAUGAGGGACCCGAAUUAAAAUGUGCAGCAAUGAACACAAUUGAAGAAUGGCCGGACAUUCCUUCGUGGAGUGAGGCAAACGGUGACCAAAAUAAGGCAUGUAUUGCACAAUAUCAAACUACACCGUUACGUUGGGAACCGAACGUAAAUCAAUAUCGGUCCGUGGACAUGGUAGAGUUUGUUAUCGGUCUUGAAAAUUGUGAAACUUCUUCCAAAAAAUAUUGCAACGGACCACUUAGACCAGAUACGGAAUAUAAUUUAGUUGUACGCCUCUUCACCAAAUCCGGUUAUAACGACGCAGGUGUACUGACAUUUCGGACAGAGGCGCUUAUCGAAUUAGUUAUCAUCUUAGUAAGCGUGUCAUCUUGUUUAAUUCUAGCCUUAGUAGCGGGUCUUAUUUAUUAUUGGAUUACUAAACGUAUAAAAUGGCAAAGGGAAUCUUGUCAUGGCUUAGAGGACUCAGUCGGUGAUGUGGUUGAGAAAAAUUUUGCAAUUUAUUAUCGCGAAAUAUCGAAGGCCGAUAAGCUAGCAAGAGAAUUUAAGGAACUUACAGCUGUAGCAAUAGAUUUAAGCUAUGCCGCUUCAGAGAUGGGUGGUAAUAAAAAUCGUUACGCUGACAUUUUUCCAUAUGAUAAAAAUCGUGUUAUCUUAGAUAUCGAUGCGGAUGGAUCGGAUUAUAUAAAUGCUUCUUUUAUAGAUGGCUAUAGGAGACGAAAGGAGUAUAUAGCAACGCAGGGUCCAAAAUCGGAAAGCAUCAAAGAUUUUUGGCGUAUGGUCUUACAACAUAACGUACGAAUAAUAGUUAUGGUCACACAAUUUCGAGAAGGAGAUGUGAUUAAAUGCCAUGAGUACUUUCCUUUUAAAUUCAAAGGUAUUAAUGUGGUAAUCAAGAAGAAGGAAUCCUUCGAUAUAUACGAUCGGACCGAAUUAUCGGUUACUCAUGAAACUUUUGGUUUAAAACAAAAAGUUGUACAUUUCUAUUUUAAAAAAUGGCCCGAUCAUGGUUGCCCAAUCGAUCCGAUGUAUUUAAUUAAUUUCGUACGCAAAGUGAAAAGCGAAAAAAAACCAAGCUAUUCACCAAUUGUUGUACACUGCAGUGCCGGUGUGGGACGAACUGGAACUUAUAUUGGCCUGGAUAUCAUAAUGCAACGCCUUAAAAACGAGUCGAAAAUCAAUAUUUACGAAACUGUAAAAAAAUUACGUUUUCAACGCAUGAAAAUGGUGCAAACUUUAACACAAUACACUUUCCUUUAUGACUGUGCCUAUGAAUUAGUAAAGCACAAGUACAAUCAUAACACAGCAAAUGGUAAAAAGGAGAUAGCCGACAAUGACAUAGACGAUCAUGAAUACACGUUCAGUCGUUAUGCAAUGAACUUGAGAAAGCAAAGCGCCGAUAUCCUGCCUUCAGAUGAACGACAUUUCACCGCAAAGUCACCUAACGACAAUAUUAGUUUGGAACCAUCGGCUCCUACAUAUGUUGAAUAAGAUUGUCGCCCUUUAGCUAAUACAUGAGAGCAAAAGCUAAGUUGAUGUUGUAAAUAUUCUUUGUAAAUAUAUAUAUAUAUAAAGUAGUUGUACUAUGUUGCGAUUUAGAAAGAAAAGAGAGAGAUUCUCGCACACACAAAUAAACUUGAUAUCGAACAAGUGAGAAAGUGAACAAUUAUGUAGAUUAUAUACUGUAGUGCGUAGUAAAUUGAGAAUUAUAAGCUUUGCAUAGUCGUAUGUUCGCGCCGCACAAUUAUAACCUCAUUUCCUUCACUUUUAUCUUUUCCAUGUUUGGGGAUAGCCCAGAUUUCUCCACAAAUAGAUAUUCG